CGCACCGCCCCACCGCGCCCAGCCUGCCGCACCUCUCGCGUCCUCAGUAGCUCCAGCUCCAGCCGCUCUAUCGGCCCUCAUCCCGGCACCAUGAGCUUCGGUUCGGAGCACUACCUGUGCUCCGCCUCUUCCUACCGCAAAGUGUUCGGGGACAGCUCUCGCCUGUCUGGGCGUCUCUCCGGGACUGGCGGCGCGGGCAGCUUCCGCUCGCAAUCACUGUCCCGCUGCAAUGUGGCCUCCUCAGCCGCCUGCUCCUCGGCCUCGUCGCUUGGCUUGGGCCUGGCCUAUCGCCGGCUGCCGGGUUCCGACGGGUUGGACCUGAGCCAGGCGGCGGCACGCACCAACGAGUACAAGAUCAUCCGCACCAACGAGAAGGAGCAGCUGCAGGGCCUCAACGACCGCUUCGCGGUGUUCAUCGAGAAGGUGCACCAGCUGGAGACACAGAACCGAGCACUGGAGGCCGAAUUGGCUGCGCUGCGGCAACGCCACGCCGAGCCGUCGCGCGUCGGAGAGCUCUUCCAGCGCGAGCUGCGCGACCUGCGCGCGCAGCUGGAGGAGGCAAGCUCCGCGCGCGCUCAGGCCCUGCUGGAGCGCGACGGCCUGGCCGAAGAAGUGCAGCGACUGAGGGCGCGCUGCGAAGAGGAGAGCCGCGGGCGCGAAGGCGCCGAGCGCGCCCUGAAGGCACAGCAGCGCGACGUGGACGGUGCCACUCUGGCCCGCCUGGACCUGGAGAAGAAGGUAGAGUCGCUGCUGGACGAGCUGGCCUUCGUGCGCCAGGUGCACGACGAAGAGGUAGCUGAACUGCUGGCCACGCUGCAGGCAUCGUCGCAGGCCGCGGCUGAGGUGGACGUGACUGUGGCCAAACCAGACCUGAGUUCAGCGCUGAGGGAGAUCCGCGCCCAGUAUGAGUCCUUGGCCGCUAAGAAUCUGCAGUCAGCCGAGGAGUGGUACAAGUCCAAGUUUGCCAACCUGAAUGAGCAGGCGGCGCGCAGCACCGAGGCCAUCCGAGCCAGCCGCGAGGAGAUCCACGAGUACCGGCGCCAGUUACAGGCACGCACCAUCGAGAUCGAGGGCCUGCGCGGGGCCAAUGAAUCCUUGGAGAGGCAGAUCCUGGAGCUGGAGGAGCGGCACAGUGCGGAGGUAGCUGGCUACCAGGAUAGCAUUGGACAGCUGGAGAAUGAUCUGAGGAACACCAAGAGUGAGAUGGCACGCCACCUUCGGGAAUAUCAGGACUUGCUCAAUGUCAAAAUGGCCCUUGACAUUGAGAUAGCAGCUUACAGGAAACUACUGGAAGGUGAAGAGACACGAUUUAGCUCCAGUGGAUUAAGUGUUUCAGGGCUGAAUCCACUUCCCAAUCCAAGUUAUCUGCUUCCUCCUAGAAUUCUCAGUUCUACAACCUCCAAAGUUUCAUCCACUGGGCUGUCACUUAAAAAAGAGGAAGAAGAGGAGGAGGCUUCUAAGGUUGCCUCUAAGAAAACAUCCCAGAUAGGGGAAAGUUUUGAAGAAAUAUUGGAGGAAACAGUAAUAUCUACUAAGAAAACAGAGAAGUCAAAUAUAGAAGAAAGUACCAUUUCAAGCCAAAAUAUAUAAUUCUGUUGCUUAAAAAAAGUUAAUGCUUAGAGGGAAUAAUAUGUAUUUGACUUGUUAAAACAGCCUAUUCCUGAACCAUAACACCUUUCACCACUACAUAAUGCCUUCAAGGCUUCAGUCUCCUAUUUAGUGUUGAAUACUUUUCUCUAAUAGGAAAACUAGCCCUUAGAUUGGAGUAAACUGCAGUCCUGGAACAAUCACAGAGGAGUUAUCUAAGAAUACAGCUUUCUCACUUAAAGCUCAGGCUUCACAGCGAUAGAUGAUUCAGGUGCAGAGGAAGUACAAACUAAGGUGCUAAAUCUGUGAUCAUCAUCAUUUGCUGUGAGCUGAAAACAAACCCCAUAUAUACUCACUGUACGCAGCCAGUACCCAGCUAUAUAAUCUUACUCUAGGUACCUAAAACAUAAGAUCACUGCCAAAGAUAAACCAAUGGUCCACACCCAAUUCUACUCUGAUAGAACUGAGUCACAAAUGAUAGGUGUUUAAUGGAUACUUUCUUCCCUACUCCCUUCAGUUCCACAUAUCCUUUUCUUCCAUCCAGGAAAAAAAAAAAAGGGUCUAGUGUAGUAUACUUCCCUUUUAAACACAUUUAGGUUUUUCUCAAAAGAACUUAUCCCCUUUAGGUCUCUUUGCUCAAUGGAUAAAAUUAGAUGCAUGUCAGCCAUUUCUGUGAUUUGUGUAAUGACUUACCCCUGCCCAUUUCAUGUCCUUUAUGUAGUUUAAAAAAAAAUGGCAGUGAUGAAUUAUAAGGGUUUCCCCCAACAAGCAAAAUAAUGAAAAUAAUCCCUAGAUGUUAGACUUUCAACUUAUUCAAAUCCAUUUAAUUAGGGGGGGAACACUUUAUUAAGAAUGUAGCUUUCACCUUAACUUUAGAAGUACAGUAAUAGUUUUCCCAAGCUGUGAUUAAGCUGACCUUAGAUGUAGUAGGAUGUUAGAAGAGGUGGGUAUUUCUAAGAAUGAAAAAAGCCAAGGUCUCAUCUGUGUCAGACCCUGUGUGGUAUAGAAUUAGCUUUUUUGUGCCCUUACCCUUAAAAUCCACAUAGUCCCCUUCUCAGUAGUGUAGGUCCUAAAGAGGUCUUGCUUUCACUCUCCCUUGCCUUUUAAGAAUGCUAAGUAGAGGAUAUUUUAUCACCAGGACAUAAUGCUAUUGCCCAAAAGUUUGAAAACAAUAACAACCCACUUCUGGUCAAUCAGCAUCACCAGCAAACAUAAAAAAGAAAUUGUUCUCAGUGUUCCCCAACAGUUUCCCCACUGCUGCGUGGUUGGCAGGUGUCCCGUCCCUGCAGAGACACUCAGACCCUAGAGGGGUGCACACACCACUCCUCACUUCCUAGGGUGUAGUGUGGAGGGUCAGUUCCUCAUCCGCGUUGCCCUGCCUGCCACAUGUGCCAAGUUUGAUGCAGGACUCAUUCUCUGUCAGCGCUUACUUCCACAGAGCUACAGCUGCCCCUGUCCAUGUCCCACAUCUCCAUUACGAGCUCUGUGGUGAUGAGGACAUGAUGCAUUUACUGAACCUCCUUAUUCUAGCACAUGCUUCAAUAGUUCAAGGAACUCAAAAGACACUUUUCUUCCUUUCCCUUAUCUCUGUCCGUAUCUUUACUCCUCACCCUUGCUGUAAGACAUUAGUAAAAUAAAUUAAAAGUCACACAAGUCCCACCAACAU